UACAUUAAUUGUUUCUUCUCUAAGAAGCAAAAUAAUUUUGAUACUGCAAAAAAUGUAUUAUGAACUUUUAAGAAAAGUUUUUUUCUUCAAUACAUGAAUAACCUUUUUACUUCUGAGGUUGUGGCUAAACAUAUCAUAAAAAAAUUCUUACAGAAUUUUUAUGAGUGAUUUGAGAUGAUAAAAGAGUGUCUAGGAAGAUUAACCUUUUUAGCCUCAGAAAGUUAUUGGAAAAAUUAUUGGGUGUUAUUGAAUUUUUACAUAUUGGUAUCAGUAUUAAUAUAUAUUUACAAUAUUGAUAUAUAAUAUAUUAAAUUAUUUCACUCAGCAUCAUAAAAGCAGUUUCCGUAACACAAAUGACAGUAUUCUAUCAAAGGAUAUCAGUUAUUUACACUCCGUGACAACUUAAAAGACAUUACUAAUUUAUUACAUCGAACUAAAAUAAUGGCAAUUCAACAAAAGUAUAGACGAGAAGAAGUUAGUGAAGUCAGCUGCUGUUUGAAAUAUAUUAUAUUUAGUUGUAAUGUGUUAUUUUGGAUGUUUGGACUAUCUAUCAUGGCAAUUGGUGUCUGGGCAUGGACAGAAAAAAAUGUUUUCAAUAAUCUUGGUAAACUUACACAUUUGGCACUUGAUCCUGCAUUUGCCCUGAUUUUUCUUGGUGGAAUUAUAUUUAUAAUAGGUUUUACAGGAUGUAUCGGUGCACUACGUGAAAAUACUUGUUUAUUAGGAACUUAUGCAGUUUUAUUAGCUUUUAUAUUAAUACUAGAGUUGACUGCUGGAGUGUUAACUUUUAUUUUUAAGGAUACUAUAAAAUCCCAAGCUACUGAAGGUCUUCAAACAUUUAUUGUGCAUUACAGAGAAGAUCCUGAUCAACAAAAUCUUAUUGAUUGGAUUCAAGAAGAUUGGUUACAAUGUUGUGGAAUCAAAGGUCCCGAAGAUUGGGAUUUGAAUAAUUAUUUUAAUUGUUCUUCUCAAAUGGUUGGAAGUCGUGAAGCUUGUGGAGUUCCAUUUUCAUGCUGUAAAAGAAAACCUAAUGAGAUUGUUGAAAACAAACAAUGUGGAUAUGAUGUCCGAAAAGAAGGAUUUUAUGCUGAAAAAUGGACAAGUUUAAACUUGCCUACUCAAACAGGUGAAAGAAAUAUUUAUGAAAGGGGUUGCAUGCGGGCUGCUGAAGAAUGGGUUGAAGAUAAUUUUAUAGGUGUCUUAACAACAGUUAUGGCUGUUACAAUUAUACAGAAUGAUGAUUUUGGAAAAAGAAUAGAUAUGAUUAUAAAUGAAAGAGGUUGUUUACAAGCUGGUGAAAAUUGGUUAGAAAGAAAUAUGCUUUUUAUAGCAACUGUUUGUCUUAUUUCAGCUUUCUGUAAAAUUUUAGGAAUAUGCUUUGCACAAAAUCUCCGUGCUGAUAUAUUUGCACAGAAAGGCAAGUGGCAUUAACUAAAAAAUGUUUAGUAAUGUUAAGCUAUGAAAAAAAUAUUAGGUUUAAGACUUACUAAACAUUUUUACAUUAACUAAAAUAAAAUAUAUAACUUAUAGAUAUAUGUACAAUAUUAUACUCCCAUAUUUAAUUAUCAUGCAACCAAGGUUUCACUAUGUUAUAAAAAUUAUCUUUAAUCAUUUUUUUUAUAUUUUGAUUUUAUUGUUUUUAUUUUUAUAUAUAUUUUACAUAGAAAUUUAUAAACUAUACUUGAGUUAAUAUAAUUUAUAAGUCUAAUAAUAUAAUUUUAUGUAUUGUAUUGUAAAAUAUGAACCCUUAGCCAUUUAAUGAAAUACAUUAACUUUUGAUUUUUUUUUUUUUUUGUUCUCAGAAUAUUCCUAUUAAAAAUAACUUAUAUUUAAGUGCCAAAUGAAGUUUUACACUAUCUAAAAAUUAUUUAAGAUUUUUUUAAUUAAGUUCCUAUUAGUAUUAUUAAUAUAACAUGUAAAUAUAUUUUUAUUUAAUUAAAUAAACAAUUAUGAUCAUUUUUGCAAUAAUUAUUUGCUUAAUUGAAAUUCUUAGUUAUUUUUGGCAGUUGAUGUAAUAUAAAUUAUUGCUUAUUUAAAUUAUAUAUUUAUAUAUAGAGUGGAACAGUUCUAACUAACAACUCUUAUAAAUUUUGAUACAAUUUCAUUUUUAUUUUUAAUAAUUUUUACAGUUUAGAGUAUUAAAAGCAUAUUUUUUAAUAUUUAUCUCCAAUAUAAAAAUCAAAUGAAAUAUUUUAUUACAAAAAAUUUUGAAGGGUUGAUAACAAUUUUUGUAUAAGUACUUAUUAAGUUAUAAAUAUUUUAAUACAUAGAAUGAGUAUGUGAUAAAAUGUUUGUCACUUAAUAACUAAAUUGUUAUCAAUCCUUCAAUACUUUUUAUAAAAAGGCUAAAAUAUUGCUAUUUAAAAAAAAAAAUCAUUUAAGUUUUUUUCUUAUUGGAGACAAAUAAUAAAAAAAAUAUGCUUUGACCAUGUUCAAAAUUGUAAAAAUUAUUUUUUAAAAAAUUGACUCAUAAUAUUUUCUAAAUGAAAAGUUAUUAAAGAUGUUAGAACUUGUUAACCCCUCUGUAUAUAUACAGGCUGAUUAUAACUUAGAUUCACUCAAUAUCUUUAAAAAUAUUAGUAUUAUUAAGGGAAUAAAAUCAAGUCUUCUUUAAAAUUAUAUUGUGUUUUAUAUUUUAAAGAUAUUGUGUGAGGAAUAAUUUAACAAUUUCUCUGUAUAUAUAUAUAUAUAUAUAUAUAUACUAUAAUCUUCUAUGUAGUCAUUUGUAACAUUAAACCAACUUUAAAAUUUAUUCUACGAGUGGCAUAAUUUGCAUUGUUUUGUUGGAAUUACAUUCUUACCACCCAAUAGUUAAAUGUUUUUUGGAAAGGAUGGGGAGAACCACACAGGACUCUCAGAACUAAUCUAGCUGUAUUUAAUUAGCCUCAGGAUUAUUUUUAGGAAACCCUAUAAGUAAAUUAUUAUUCGAAUUUAUCUAAAUUAUGAAAUAUUGAGCUAUAAAAACAUUAGUCAAUUUAGCUUCAAUUAUAGAUAGACCUUGGAGUCUAUCUUCCUCUCUUAUUUUUAGUCUGGUGACAAGGAAUAAUAUGGUAAAAAAGCAACCCACCAAGUAAAUUACCCAGACUAUAACCCAAUCCAACUAAUAGAGUAUAGUACUAUAGUUCCCACAGAAAUUUUCCAAAUUAUGCCUUUGUAUACUAUGAUAAAUAGUUUUAUAAUAAAUAUGUAUGUAUCAAACUAAUACUUUGUGAACAACUAUGUUUAAUAUCUUAUUAUGAAUAAAUAUAUUUAAUAAAAAUAACAGUCAAUGUUU